AUGGUUCGGACGGUGGUGGGUGAGACCAAGUCGAUAGCGGUCACAGAAGGAGUGCACCAAGGUUCUGUAUUGAGCCCUUUUCUGUUUUGUUUGGUUCUGGACUCACUCACUGAAGCGGCACAGAAUUCAGCAACGUGGACAUUUAUAUACGCUGACGACGUAGCCAUCUGCACAGACAGCCGCGCUCACUUGCAAGAGGCACUCGUGUCGUGGAAACAUCAGUUACAGACCGGUGGCCUUGUGCUGAGUGUGGCAAAGACUCAGUUCAUGUCCUUCAACGACCCAGAUACAAACAACAGUCCGAUUUCCAUCGAUGGACAAUUGGUCAAAUCGUAUCAUACAAGUAUCUGGGAAGUAUGA